UUGUUAAGAAAAGGAAAGAACAACGAAUAUGCGCCAUCACACUCGUACCCUAAAUAUUUUGGAUAUUAAAAUGGUAUUCUUAUAUAUGUGUAUACAUUUGUCAACAGUACGUCGGAUGAAAGCGGGCCGGUAACACGUUUUUAAGCAGUCGAAAAUAUUGUAUGUAAAGUUUCUAUAACCUGGUUGUAUCACAACGGUUGAAUGUAUCAUAAUAUGAUAGCCUAAAACGUUAUUUAAAAUAUAUAUUUGUAAGUUUAAUUCAUUAUUUGUUACAAGUACAUUUCAAUAAAGUGUUUCAACAUGAAUAUUGCUUCCAACAAAUAUGUGAAUUUUUGUAUGAAUGUAUACAUAUGUGCACAUUAAAAACUAAACAAUUAAGCUUACAUUAUUACCUCGAAUGAAUGUUACACAUAUAAAUAAAAUUACCUACAAGUCACCGUGUAACAUACAGACAUAAAAUGAUUCUUAUAAGUACGCAAUUCUACAUAAGAACAUAACGAUUGUGAAGUAAUAUUUUAUUACCUGGUUUUAAGUUAUGUGCUUUAAUCAAUACGUAUUGAUUUUUACAAAAAUAAAAUAAAAUAGAACCAGAAAAAUAUAUAUCUUUGAUAUAAAAACAGUAAUUAUAUAAAGUAGUAGUUAAAUCGAAGAAUUCAACCAGGACUUCAAAACUCGGACUUAAAGAAUUUAAUGUGAAAAAGCGAAAUAUAAUAAUGUCCUCAAUAACGCAAAAUAUAAUACCAGUUGAAAAAAAGGAGCAGAUCUCUUUAUCGCAAAAAUUAACUAUUCAUGAACAACAUCAUCAACUCUAUGCUUUGAAAUGGAGCGAGUUUCAAUCAUCUAUAGUUAACUGUUUUCAACGCUUGCGAGAUGAGGAAGACUUUGUGGAUGUAACACUAUCUUGUGACCAGCGAUCAUUUUCUGCUCAUCGAGUUGUACUCAGUGCCUGCAGUCCCUAUUUUCGUAAAUUAUUAAAAUCAAACCCCUGCAAACACCCCAUCGUAAUAUUACGAGAUGUUCAGUCGGAUAAUAUGGAAUGUCUACUAAGUUUCAUGUACAAUGGAGAAGUAAACGUAAGACAAGAUCAGUUACAAGAUUUCUUAAAAACUGCACAUAUGCUGCAGAUACGAGGAUUGACGGAUGUUUCCGAUAACUACAGCUCUCCAGAAUUUAAUUUUUCGGAAAAUAAACCUUUGGAUAAUUCUAUGAUUAUUAAUAAGCCAUAUAGAAAGGAUUUUGAUAAAGACGACUCUGACGUAGAAACUUCUGAAAAAGCUGCCGGUUUUUCAAAAUACAAACUAUUUUCUGAUCGACCAAUUACAUCCCCAUUGGUGGCCGGCUAUAAUAUCAGUUCUUUUACCCCAUCUUUUAAUAAGGAAACGAAAUCUGCUGCAUCUUGUCUCCAAAGGGAAAAUGCCGAUCCAUAUCGUAAUCGAAAAAACAUUCUAACGCCACCACCUCAAAAACGUAUUAAAAGUGCGGACUUAUUCCGUGCCCAACACGGCAUUAAUUCCGAAAGAGCUCUCUCAGAAGGAGAAUUUCCAGCGAUUUUACAGCAUCAAAUAUCUCGGGAACGAAGACAUUUAUUUAGUGAUUGCGAUAGAGCCGUAGAAGCCAGUGAAACAAAUACGGGAUCAUCUAUAGAAGAAAAAAAAACUUCAAAAUUACAGCGCACAGAUACACAAUCCACACAUGAUGAAAGUGCAGACGAAGAGUCUAACUGUAGCAGUGAAUAUCCUCUUGAUCGCCUAGCUACCCACCAAGAAGUUAAUGACUCAGUAGAUAAUAUACGACCUACGAUGCCAAACAUGUUUUUAGGAAUUCCAAAAUCUUUGGAACAAAAAUCUCUUUUAAAUAAGAAUGAUUUCGAGCAUCCCGGUGAAAUAUCCAGCAUCUUAAGAGAAAAUGGGUAUAACCCUCAAAUUUCUUCACAACCCUUCUCAACAAUUUUUCGCAACCGUUUUUGGAAUACAAAUUAUGUGGAUAAAAAGGAAAUCGGAUUUAAGAAUAAAUUUGAUACGAGUAACAAAUUGCCUAUAGAUAGUUUUGUAUCGAAAUCGGCAGCUUUAUCGCUUAUGGUAAAAACUGCAUGCAUAAAUAAACAACCAAAAUCUUUUCAAGAGAUGAUUAUUAAAGAAGACAUGCAGUCGAAUAUCCCACGAAUUCAACAGCAAAAACAACAGCAGUUUAAAAUUCUACAACAAUUUGAAAUACAACAGCCUUUAGCCUAUCUAUAUGAACUACAGAAAUCAACGAUUAAUCAACAAAAGACAUUUGAUACUAAUUUCAUGGCAGGAACUUCUGAUAUUAGUGAAGACACAAAUUUACCGGAGGUAACACUGACUUCUUUCAAUACCUCCGAUGUUUAUGAAUAUGCACAUACUAAGCGCGAUCAUGUCCUGCCCUGCCCUCUCUGCGAAACUCCACUAGAGCAAAGAUUUUUUCGUCAACAUUUAGACGGGCACUAUCCGCGAGAUAGUCCAAUUUGUCCGGUAAUUGAAUGCGGUCGCCGGUUUGCCCAUCCGAAUUCCGUUAGGAAUCACAUGCGUAUUAAGCAUACCCAUCAGUGGGCUAAAAUGAAAGUAAUGCGCUCUUCAUCUGGACAUAUGCCUAGUGGACUGGAUUUAAAUAAGAAAAGAGCUCAGCGAUCAGUGGAAAUGAGAGUAAGAGCCACAGAUCCACGUCCAUGUCCAAAAUGUGGGAAAAUUUACAGGUCGGCACACACGCUUCGUACUCAUCUUGAGGAUAAACAUACCGUUUGUCCUGGAUAUAGGUGCGUUUUAUGUGGUACUGUUGCGAAAUCUCGUAAUUCAUUGCAUUCACAUAUGUCUCGUCAACAUCGUGGCAUAUCUACGAAGGAUCUUCCGGUGCUACCAAUGCCUUGUGCGUUUGACCCUAUUUUGGCUUCGCGUUUAUUAGCUAAAGCUGGGGUAAAAAUAUCACCAGAUGACUUGCGUGACCAUGCAUCUCCUGCCAAUACAAUUAGUAUUACCGGUAUAGAUUACAGCUUUAAUACUCAACAUAAUACAGAAACUUAUGAAACGAACAUCGAGUCUGAUGAUGAUCCGGAAGAUUUAACUGCGUCUAGAAUGAAUUUAAAUAGUACUUCUGAAGGAGAUAAACAAGAAAAUGCUUUGGACAUUGCACAUACGAAUAGAUCUCUCUCACAUAUUAGAAAUGAAGCUGCCAUCGCUGCAGCAGCUGCCGCAUUAAGCGCGCAAAAGGAAUUGCCCAGCGGACAGUCAACAACGAACCAACCUCUUCUUGACCUUCAUCUCUUGCAGUUUUUAACCGAAAAUACUUUUGGUAUGGGAAUUUCACAUGAACAGACAACAGCAGCUACAUUACAUGCAGCAAAAAUUGUACAAUUAAAUGCUCUUGGACAUAAUUUCGACAGCUUAUCACCUCUGACACAAUCUCAUUGCGAUUUGACGAAAGAGUCUAUUAAAAAUGAACCCUUUAGCAGCAAAAUAUGUACAACACCAAGGUUUCCUACUGAACCUAUUUUAAGACAACAUCUGUCAAGUGAUACUUCCCUUAACGAAAAUGUCAAAACUUUUUCAAAGUUAAUAACAAAUGAACCUCUUUCUGGCGCUCCAAGUGUAAAUGAAAAUCAACCAACGGAAAGCGCGCAUAGUUUAGAUGAGAAAAAAUUUAAAGAUGCGAAUAAUAUUGAACACGAAGAAAAAAUUUGAAUGAAAAAUAAUCACAAUCACAUGCAUGUACAUUUAUUACUAACUCGUACAAAAGGUGCGAUAUAGCCUUAAACAUGUAUAUCGUUUAUUAUAUUCUGUUUUGAGUGUAUUGAUUUAAAUUAGUGGUACUCAUUUAACGUUGGAAUUAUAUAAAAAUGGUAAAUUUGCAAUUUGGCAACACAAGUUAAAUGAGCGCUCUUUGGAAAUAUUGUGGCAAUAUUAGCUGAUUGUGAAUUAAUUGUAAGCAUGCCAUGAAUGCCACUGAAAAUGGUCUCGCAUAUUUGCAAGAUGGUCGUAAAAUAAAAUACAUGCAGCUGUUUUACAAUAUUGCAAUUUUGCGAUGUUGCUAUACGUUUACGACGUUAAAUGAGUACCACUAAUAAUAACUAAAGAUACAUAUAUCUACAUUAUGUCUAGCUAUCUUUUAAUGUCAAAUAAAUUAAAGUUAGAAAUAAAAAAAAUGCUUAUUAUAUUAUUGUACACGUUUCUUUACUCCAUAGGUAGAUUGUUUUUCCGCGAUCAAUAAAUCGACCAAAACUUAUAUAAAAUAGGAAA